AUGAGUCCAUCGUAUCACCUGCCCUUAGUGGGGCUCCUAUUGAUUUCCUUUAUUCCAAACCAGCUAUGCACAAUUUGUGAAAUAAAUGAAAACCAUCAUCUCCAUUCGAACACUCUGUGGAACACAAUGAUUGAUUGAAAAUAUACCAGUGGAACCCAGUCUGCCACUAUCCUGCUGUCCCUCAGACUUGUGGGGAUCCAGAACCAAAACCUAACCCAAGAACUUACCCGACAAAUCAGAAGUGAUGUGGAAAGGAAAGACAUAAAUUUAAGCUCAGGACAGCUUGCUUUGAUUAUAUUGGCUUUGGGAGCAUGUAAGGACUUCAGUGAGAACUUUAUAUAUGAGCAUCACCUGAUCAACCAGUUAGAAAAUAAACUCCAAGAAGAAAUUGAAAAUAUGGAAACGCACAAUGGCACUCCACUGACUAAUCAUUACCAGUUCAGUAUGAACGUUCUGGCACUGUGUCUGUUUAAUGGGAAAUAUUCAACCACCAACAUUAUUAAAUUCUUCGCUCCUGAAAAUAAAAACUAUUUUUUUCUUCAGCAGUUCUCAAUUGAUACUGGUGGAGUGGCUGUUCAGGCUCUGACAUGUAUGAAGAGGAGUCUCCUAAAUGGGCAGACCCAAGAAAAUAAAAACAACAUAAAGACUAUUAAUAAUUAUAUACAGACUUUGGUAGACUACAUUAUGUAUUACGCAGAAGAAAAUGGUCUCAUUGGAAGUCCAUAUAGUACAGAUGAAGCUAUGUAGGGCCUCUUUGUCACAUCAGAGUAUUACAAAGAAAGUGAAUGGGAUUGCGACACUCGAGAUGCAAUACUCCAGAGAAUUUCUCGAAAAGUAUUCAAUAUACCAACUGCUGCAGCCCAAGUCCUACCUGCCCUGCUGGGAAAGACCUAUUUGGAUAUUAACAGAGAUGCUCCUUGUGUUCAUCACUUGGAUGUGAUGGAGGAAACUUGGAAACAGGAUGAGACAUUUCAAACCUACUGGGAGCUUCUGAGUGAAGGCAAGUUACGGAAACAAGGAGUUGGUAGCUAUGUUGUCCAUGAUGGAGAGAACUUGGAGGUACAUUUGAGCGGAUACUAG